AUGGUCGGCUCUAAAGACCUCCCACCAUCAACUCUUUCCUUUGGACGCGUCUUUUACAAUAACCAAUUCUGUGCCAAGCCACAAUGGCCGGCCCCGGGCACCAGUCUUUCCGGUAAAACCGCGAUCAUCACGGGUGGAAACACGGGCUUAGGCUAUGAAGCCGCGCUUCAGCUGCUAGAUCUCGAGUUAUCCCGCUUGAUUCUAGCUGUACGCUCACGCGAACGGGGCGAAGAAGCCGCUUCAAAGCUCCGUCGCCGAUAUCCCGAUGCAACGAUCAGCGUGCAACUACUCGAUAUGACGUCUUACGAGUCUGUCCAGGAUUUCGUGCGUCGCAUUGAUACCGAGUUAGAUCGCAUCGACAUUGCUCUUCUCAAUGCCGGCGUGAUACGGAUGGACUUUACCAAAGUUCCCAGCACUGGCCACGAAGAGACAAUCCAAGUCAACUACUUAUCAACCGUGCUCCUCGCCAUACUCCUUCUCCCUGUUCUAAAGGCCAAACGGCAGAAAAACGGCGACCCCGCGCGUCUUACAAUCGUCAGCGCCGCUCUAACAUUGGUAGCCACCUUUCCCAACAGAGGUGCAGACCCUCUUCUCCCAUCCUUUGAUGAUCCCAAGGUCUUCGCCAUCCACGGCCGGGAGGCCUACAAUACGUCGAAGCUUCUCGCUCACAUGUUUCUCUGGAAACUGGUUGACCAUAUCUCGGCCGACGAAGUGAUUGUCAACCUCGCAGAUCCAGCGUGGUGCAAAGGCACGAAUCUAGCCCGCGAUGCUCAGGGCAUCAUGAAGUUGGGGGUCUCGGUGUUUGGGGCAACGACUGGACGAACGCCGCGAGUAGGCGCCUCUUGCUUUGUUGAUGCCAUUGUCAACAAAGGCAAAGAGUCUCACGGUUGCUUCCUUAUGAGCUGGAAAAUUCAUCCGUUUGCUGCGUUUCUCUAUACCACCGAGGGCAGCAUUGUCAUAGAUCGUCUUUGGGAAGAGACACUUAACGAGCUGGACUUUGCGGGCGUUCGACCCGUCUUGAAAUCUUUAUAG